CCAGCACCGCCGCCGCUGCUGCUGCUACAGGCGUCACCACCGCCUCCACCACCUCUAGUAGCAGCAGUAGUAGUAGUACAACCACUACCACCACCACUACUACUACUACUACUAGUGUUCCUCACACUACUAGCAUGGCUGAUCCGGUGCUUGUGUCGGGCAAGCCGACCACGCCGACCAACAGUGCAGUGGAUACAUCGUCCUCCAUUGACAAACAAGAUGUGGACAGACUUACGGAAAGCCCGUCUUCCGGGGGAAGUCUGGACAAUUCGGUGGAGCACGGGCAUGGCCAUUUCUUCAUUAAAAAAACGUUCCAUAAACCUACCUACUGUCACCACUGUACCGACAUGCUAUGGGGUCUCAUCGGACAAGGAUAUAUCUGUGAAGUGUGCAAUUUUGUGGUCCAUGAUAGAUGUCUGAAAACAGUUGUCUCAGCCUGUUCAAGCAUUGCCACAAAUUUGAUCAAAAACCCUGUUGCCCACUGCUGGUCAGAACCUGGGCACUUCAAGAGAAAGUUUUGCAAUGUCUGUCGCAAAAGACUGGAAGACAGUCUUGGAAUACGGUGUGAGAUUUGUGAAUAUUAUGCACAUAUUGAUUGUCAAGAUUUUGUUGUGAGUGAUUGUAAAGAAUGUGCAACAUAUAUUCCACAAAGAGAUCUGUUAACUAUUGUCCAUUUCCACCAUUGGAGGGAGGGGAAUUUACCAGCUAACUCCAAGUGUGUAUCCUGUAAAAAGACUUGCUGGUCCUCAGAGUGCCUGGCAGGCAUGCGGUGUGAGUGGUGUGGUGUCACUGCUCAUGCUACCUGCUACAAACACUUGCCAGAGGAGUGCAAUUUUGGUAGUUUGCGUGAAAUUAUGCUGCCUUCCAGUUGUCUCACCAUCCCUCGGCUGGAUGUUAGCAUGGAGACUUUGUUGGGACUCAAUAACAAGAAAUUCAACGUAGACAUACCAACUCGAACAGUAUCUGAAGAAUGGUCGUCCAGUGGUGAUUCAAAAGAUGAUGAAGAACGAGAAAGACGGUCUCCUAGGGAGAAAGAUGGAAAAGAUAAAGAUAAAGACAGUGAUGCUGAAAUCAUUCGAGUUUUUGAUGGCAAUAAUACAAUGAAGCGACGAUUGUAUAGGACAAUUUCAGUCAAUAAAAAUGCACCUACACAUGUUAUCUUGGAGGCAGCCCUUAAAACAUUCCACAUAUCCGAUGACCCCAAAAAUUACUAUGUAACUGAAGCCUCAGAGUAUGGUGAGAAAGAGCUUGAUGAAAACAGCCCAUUUAGACUCCAGCUCACAACUCCAGACGGAAAGCGACCGUCCAUAUUCCUUCGCUACAAAGACAAAGACCCCGAUAAAGGAUAUAUAAAGGUCUACUCAGGUGGCUUAAAAGUGUCUGUGGGAAGCAAGUUUGUUCCUAUCAACAAAGAUACCACAACAGACAUGGUGAUAAGGACAGCACUUAGAAAGUUUGGUCUGGAGAAAAAUCCAGAAAAAUAUAAUUUAAUAGAAGUAUUGCUUGACAAAGGAGUUUCAGAACGCAUGUUAGAUCGUGAGGAACGGCCAUGGGAACUCAUUCAGCAAGCUCGUAAAGACUCAUUGCGGCAAAACCGGAUGACUCGUUUCUAUAUACAACAGACUGAGGACCCUCAUGGUCCAACGAUUUCCUUGUUUGUAGGUAAUUUACCAUGUGGAUUAUCUCAACGCCAAUAUGAAAAAAUCCUUCUUGACAUAAUAGGCCCAGAAAAUAAGUGGCACUCAUUUGAUGUGAUCUACUAUGAGUAUGGUGCUCUAGUUCUCAUAUACAACACUGCAGAGAAAGCUAGUCGUUCAUUCCACAUUUUAAGGGAUACUAUCUUUGAUGAUAAACAACUCCUUGCAAUGUUACUACCUAAUAUACAGCCACAUAUGAUUCCUGAUAAUGGUAUACAACCAUUAUUAGUAUUUGUAAACGUCAAAAGCGGUGGCUGCCAGGGAACAGAACUCAUCACUUCUUUCCGUAAACUUCUUAACCCUCAUCAAGUUUUUAAUUUAGAAGCUGGUGGUCCUCUACCUGGAUUAUAUGUAUUUCGGAAUGUUUCCUACUAUAAAAUCUUAGUCUGUGGUGGUGACGGAACUGUUGGUUGGGUUCUGUCAUGUUUAGAUAAUGUAUGCCAAGAUGCUGUUUGUCAGUCUCCUCCUUUGGCAAUAAUUCCUUUAGGAACAGGAAAUGAUUUAGCUAGAGUAUUACGCUGGGGUCCUGGAUAUACUGGCGGGGAAGAUCCCCUUAAUUUACUCAGAGAUGUAAUUGAUGCAGAAGAAAUUAAACUUGACAGAUGGACAGUAAUUUUCCAUCCUAAUGAGAAAGAGAUGCCAGAUGAAACUAAGGUUGCCAUAGCAAAUGAUACAAAUUCGGCUAAUACCAAUGAAGACAAUACCACAAUGUUUGUAAUGAAUAACUAUUUUGGGAUAGGAAUUGAUGCUGACCUCUGUUUAGAUUUCCAUAUGGCCCGUGAAGAGAAACCAGAUAAAUUUAAUAGCCGGCUUCAUAACAAAGGAGUCUACAUAAAAAUGGGAUUACGGAAAAUGGUAAACAAAAAAGCUUGCAAAGAUUUGCACCGUUGCAUCAAGUUAGAAGUCGAUGGCAAAUUAAUUGACCUUCCACCUGUAGAGGGUAUCAUCAUUCUAAACAUUCUUAGUUGGGGCUCUGGAGCUAAUCCAUGGGGCCCUGAAAAAGAAGAUUCUUUUAACAAACCCACCCACUAUGAUGGCAUGUUGGAAGUUGUUGGUGUGACAGGUGUGGUACAUAUGGGUCAGAUACAGAGUGGACUACGCAAUGGCAUCAGAAUUGCUCAGGGCGGACAUUUAAGAAUUACACUUUUAACAGAUCUACCUGUACAGGUAGAUGGGGAACCUUGGAUUCAACCUGCUGGCCAAGUUAUGGUCUUACGCUCAGCACUCAAGGCCACAAUGUUAAAGAAAAGUAAGAAUAAAAUCAAGAGGCGAAAUACAGAACCAAGUAUUUUCUUCCCCGAUAAUGAGCAGACCAAAACUACCCACUCUCCUAAUGAGGAGAGCAGGCCACUUUAACAGAGACAAAACAAAAAUCAAGCAAAAUUGAAAAAGAACAAUUGUGAAACCCCUGAAAAUGUACUAUAACCAGUCUCCUCCUUUACUUCAUCACUGAAGUUUGACUUUUCAGAUACAGAGGAUAAGUCACCAUUACAAGUUUAGUUAAAAAAUCUAUUAACCAUGCAAAUAUUUCAAUAUUUUUGAACCUUCCUCAUCCUAAUCUGAUCUAAACAUCCACCUGACCCUUCCCGCCAGUUUUUGCUAUCACAAAAUCUGAGCAUGUACUAUUUAUCAGGCUAUAUCUAUAUAGCUGUUAAUAUUUUCUCUUGUUUUAAUACAUUCAAGAUCAUUUGUAAACUAUUUGUGGGCCACAUAUGCAUAAUGCUUUUAAAAUCUAAUAAUUUUCUUUCAAAUUUCUCUCAAAUACCAUCACUUGUAUGUAAUAUUUAUAAAAAGAAACAAGCAUAAUUUUUUCCUGCUCCAUAAAACUCUCUUUCCCUGACUGUAAAAAAACCCAAAAAACACUCAAAAUGGCAACCACAUUUUCCACUCCAGUUUUAUUAUUUUUCACUGUUGUGAAUAUAUAUGUGUAGGUGUUCUUACAUCUUCUGAUGUUUAUAAUACCUGCUUUUUCUUUCAUCUGGUUAUCAUGUAGGCAACACACUAGUCCUGCACCGCAAUAUUAGAAAGCUGUCAUUGGCCAAAUAUAUGAAAGCUAAUGCCAUUGAUUGAAAAUAAGAAAUAUAUUACCAAUGGUCAAAUAUAUGAAAGCUGAUGCCAUUAGUUAAAUCUAAGAAAUAUAUUGCCAUUGGUUAAAUAUAGGAAAUGUAUUGCUAUUGGUUAAAUACAUACUCCAGUUAAUUAAUCAUCUCUAGAUUGGUUAUAUGUGGCUCACAUUCUAGAACAAUCAUUUAUCGCAAAAAGAAAUAAAACUACAAUCAUGAUAUUAAUACAAGCCUUCUUAAAUAUAUAUUGCUCAACGCACAUUAAUAUCACUUAGAGGUCUGGUACAAAACAACACAUUAUUGGCAGAAUGUUUGCUGAAAUGUUAUGUAUAGGAUUCAUAUUUGAGAUAUAUUUUUAUGGCUAUACCUUAGACUUCAGUUAUUUGUUAUGAACAAGUAAUCAUUUUAUUCUUCUGCUUAAAAAAUGUGCAUACAAAUUAGGAAUCUAUGAAAAUUGGUUUGGGGGUUGAAAAUGCAGCUAGUCUUAAAACAAAUUGUUUUUUUUUAAUUUUCUUAAAAUUUAUUAAAAUACUAUACCAGUUUCAACCAUUUUUCUUUUCUUUCAAGGUUACAUAAACUUUACUAAACACUUCAAUUUUCAGCCUAUAAUUUUGUUAUGAAACCUAUUGAACAUUUGAGUUUUGAGCAUGUUUUGUUGCUAUAAAACCUUUUUCUCUGCAUUUUCUUUUCUUUUAAAUACAAGCCUUAUUUUUUAUUUAUGAUUGAAAAACAAAGAAUCGUUGAAACCAGGGUGGUAUUUUGUGAAAUCUAAAAAAGAACUACAAUUCCUUUCAAGAUCCCAAUGCAUUUUCAACCCCAAAACCAAGCUGAAUGUGUAUAGGCAUGUGUGUAUUUUGAAAAAGGUGUUCAGAAUUUUGUAUAAUUCUUUAUUAGUGCUUUUGUCUCAUUCAUGGAGACUCCUCAGAUAUCAGUUUUACAGAAAAUUUCUUCGCCUUUUAUCCAAAUCCUGAAAAGAAUGUCUUUUUUUUGUUCUAUGUGUAUAUAUAGAAAGAGGAAAGAAGGAAAGGAAGACAGAAAAAAAGAGUGUUUUUUUUUCUUCUUUUUUUCUCCUAUGAGAUGGCUUUUAUUGUUAUAUUUUGGAGUGGUCUCUGGUUUGUAGUUUUUUCACAGGUGACUGAUGUUAAAUGACAUUUUAAAAUGUCAAUUUUGAUUUUUGGAAAGAGAAAGGAAGAUAGAGAACAGUGCUUCUUUUCAAUUGUUUUGUAUGGAUGUGGUGGUCAGCCUGUUGAAGUUUAAUUCCAAUUCAAGAUAUCAACUUUGAUUUAGUCAUUGUUUUUGAAAGCAUUCAGAAUGAAGGACUGUGGAUACAGCAGAUGUGGACCAUGUAGCAACAACAACUUCAAAUAUUUGGACAGUGGUUCCCACAUAAAAUUUGAAAGCAAAUUCUCCUUCUAAACAAAUAAAGAUAUGAACAAGACACAGAACCUCAUAUACUGCAUCCCAAGUGCAAGGAAAAUUAUAUUAAUGAAACCGACAAUUCUCUUUGCCAACAUGCAAGAAUCUGCAGACAGCAACUAAAGGAAUUAUGCAAUAUUCUACUGAGGAAGAAUCUGGAAAUAUGUGAAAAUGGCAAAUUCAAGAUUUUUCCCUUCUACAAAUAAAUGACCAAGAGAUGACUCAAAGUUUCAAAAGACAAUGAAACUAUAUUUUAUCAAAAAAUUAUCAACAAAAUAAAACAUUUGACAGAAAAGCAAUGCCAAAUACACUCUUUGAAAUUGAACAAGUCAUAGACACUACCUUACAUAGUUAACUUAUACAGGUACUGUACCUUGCUAACUUUUCCUGAAAAUAUGGUCAAAGUGAAAUAAUCAAAUGCAAGUAUUGAAUACUGCAGUUUGACCCUCUACAAGUGUAUCAUUUUGUAUGAAAUUAAUCAACAUUGGAACAAGUAUAAACUGGACUUGGACAUUUUGGAUUUCUUUCAUAUUUUAUAAUUAUAACUGUUCUUGGUUAAGAAUCACUUUUUCAAUCCUCGACUAACACUCAAAACACCUUGGCAGUAUAAAAUAUAUAUGCAUAUAUACACUUGUGUGCAUAUGUGAGUGUGUGUGCACAUAUGAUAGUUAGGAUGUACAUAUGCAAUGUGUAUAUGUAUAAUAUGUGUGUGUGUGUGCGUGAAUAUGUAGAUGGGUGAAUAGAUGUGUAUGCAUGCUCAUAUAUGUAUAUAUGCAUACAUAUUGGGUGUAUUGUGUGAGUGUAUGUAUGUGCAUAUUUACAAACAUGUUAAUAUGUAUAUAAGAGAAGGCGAGACAGAUGUUUUCAAAAGCAAUGACUGAAUCAAAGUUGACAUCUUGAAUUGGAAUUAAACUUCAACAGGCUGACCACCACAUCCAUACAAAACAAUUGGAAAGAAGUAACUUUCUCUUUGUCUUUCUUACUCUUUCCCAGAAACAAAAUUGACAUCUUGAAAUGUCAUUUAACAUCAGCCACCUAUGAAAAAAACCUACAAACCAGAGACCAUCCACAAAUAUAACAAUAAA